UGUUUCGAACCUCAUAACAUUUAGUUUGCAAUUGCCUUUCAUGCACAGCUUUAUCGUGACUCUGCUUCUUAUCCUCUGCAUCUGAUCCAUAGCCUUUAUACGCUCUACUAUAGCUGAUUGACUCUUCUUUAGAGGUCAAAUAAGGACAAACAAGGGGGACAGAAGAUGUCUGGGAUGUGCAGGGGACUCACCGGGCUGUCUACAUGUUUCUGUUUGCUGAUGCUGAUUCAGUUUUCGGCUCUAGCAGAUUCAGCCUUUACAUGCAGCUCCACUCGGUUUGAGUGUGGAAAUGGGAGGUGCAUCACCCAAAGGUGGAUAUGUGAUGGACAUGACGACUGUGGUGAUGGAACUGAUGAACUGCCUGGAACCUGCGCAACCAAAACAUGUCAGCCGACAGAGUUCAACUGCGGCGGAGCCACGAACAAGUGUAUACCGCUGGCCUGGCACUGUGAUGGCCGAGCUGAAUGUGAAAACGGAGCUGACGAGAACAACUGCACUGCCAAACAAUGCAGCAGCAAUGAGUUUCAAUGUGCCAACGGCCAGUGUGUAUCCCGUUCUUUCGUUUGCGAUGAGGAAAACGACUGUUCAGAUGGCUCAGAUGAGGUUUCCUGCCCCAAACCCACCUGCAAACCCGGGUUCUUCCAGUGCAACAACUCAGUGUGUGUGACGGGCCGCUGGCACUGCGAUGGAGACAGGGACUGUGCAGAUGGGUCGGACGAGUGGCCCCAGAACUGUGGGUGGAAGCAGACGGAGAAGCCAGCCAUGCGCUGUGGCGCCCAAGAAUUCCAGUGUGCUAAUGGAGAUUGUAUCCACAGCAGCUGGAGGUGUGACGGAGGCGCUGACUGCCAGGACCGUUCGGACGAGGUUAACUGCACUCAUCUUACUUGUCGCCCAGAUGAGUUUCCAUGUAAUGACGGUCCCUGUAUCCAUGGCAGCCGCCAAUGUGACAAACAUCCCGACUGCAUGGACCACAGUGAUGAGAUGGACUGCCCCACAGAAAAUGUAUGUGAAGGCCCCAACAAGUUCAAGUGCAACAGUGGGGAGUGUAUCAGCAUGGACAGAGUGUGCGACACAAAGAAAGACUGCAGGGACUCAUCUGAUGAAAGUGUUCAGUGUGGCAUUAACGAAUGUUUGACUGCAAAAGGCGGAUGCUCCUAUAACUGUACGGACCUUAAGAUUGGCUACAACUGCUCCUGCCAUGCCGGAUACAGCCUGAAGAUAGACAAGAAAACCUGUGAAGACAUUGAUGAAUGUGCCAUACCUGAAACUUGCGGUCAGAUCUGCAUCAACCUGCUCGGCAGCUACAAGUGUGAUUGCCACGAGGGCUACGAGAUGGACCAUGUGAGCAAAACAUGCAGGGCCGAAGCAGGGACUGUACCAACCCUCUACUUGACCAAUAGACACGAGGUGAGGAAGUUGACGGUUGACCGCAGAGAGUAUGUCCAUGUUAUUACCCAGUUGAAGAAUGCAGUGGCUCUGGACAUAGACAUGCCAAACAAAAUAAUCUUCUGGUCGGACAUGUCUCUGAAGAAAAUCUACAGCUCCAAGUUAGAUGUGGCCGCUAACUCCUCUCACCACACCGUAGUCAUUGGCAAUGAGAUUGAGGCCCCAGAUGGCAUUGCAGUGGAUUGGAUCCAUGGCAACAUCUACUGGACUGACAGUGUUUUGACGACUAUCUCUGUGGCAACCGUAGACGGCAGCAAGAGGAAGACCCUGAUCACAAAUAACCUGCAGAAACCAAGAGCCAUCGCUGUCGACCCUGUAAAUAACUUCAUGUACUGGACAGACUGGGGAGACGACGCCAAGAUAGAGAAGAGUGGGUUGAAUGGAGCAGAUCGCGUAGCCUUAGUAACAGACAACAUCAUGUGGCCCAAUGGCAUCACCCUGGACAUAGUCAACCAGCGUUUGUACUGGGUGGACUCUAAGAUGCACACUUUGUCGAGCAUCGAUGUAAACGGAGGGACGCGACGCAAUCUUAUCCACAGUGAGGAAACGCUCCCCCAUCCCAUGUCUUUGACUGUCUUUGAGGACAAAGUGUUUUGGACAGACAUGGCCAACAGUGCAGUUUAUAGUGCCAACCGCCUGACAGGGAAUGAGAUCACUCACCUGGCAACGGACCUUGAUCAGCCGGAGGAUAUCAUACUGUACCACAACCUCAGGCAGCCUAAAGGCAAAAACUGGUGCAGCGAAAGUAACAGUAUAAACGGGGGAUGCGAUUUUCUGUGCCUACCUGCUCCUCUGAUCAACCAGCACUCACCUAAAUACACCUGCGCCUGUCCUGACCACAUGACCAUGGCACCUGACAUGAGAAAAUGUGUGAUAAUGUCCCCAGUUGCACCUCCUGCAGAUAAAAAACCUGCUGCUCCGGUCCCUUCCAAAGCUCCAACCAAACCUGCUCUUCCCAGGCAGCCUGUUCCUACCACUACUACAACUACCACCAGACCUACCCAAAAACACACAACCAUCUCAUCUAACCAGCCCACACCGUAUCCCAUUGCUACUGCUCAAGGUAACAGAUUGGCAGCUUCCCCCGAAGAAGCCACUUCCUCCCAUCCUAUGGCUCUCCACGUCGUGUUGCCAAUAUUGGUUAUGUCCCUCCUGGUUUUUGGAGCAGUUUUUCUCUGGAGAAACUGGCGUUUGAAGAAUUCCAACACCAUCCACUUUGAUAAUCCAGUGUACCAGAAAACCACUGAGGAUGAGCUACACAUCUGCUCAAACAGCUCUGAAGGCUACGUUUAUCCUCAGAGGCAAAUGUUGAGAAUGGAGGACGUGGAUGUUGCUUGACCCGAAGAUAAAGAAGACAAUUGCUUUUUUUAAAGUCAUUUUUUCUGAUGCUAACAUGAAGCAACACAAGGCCAUUUUAUUUCUGCUGCUGCUGCUUAACAGCCCUUUGCCUUCCCCCCCAAGUGAGCUCAUUUUGUGGCUUCUGUCUCUGUGCCGUCCAAGUCUGAAGAAAUAAAAAAAAACCUUUCUUUGAAACAUCAAUAUGAGAAAAUAGAGCAGGACUUCAGGAAACCAUUUAGUCAGACCACAAAGUGGUCUCAACAUGAAGGACUAAUGCAUGCUUUCAGAAGAUGAUGUUCCUAUUCCCAUAACCAUGACUCUUUUGAAGCUGAACAGGUCUUACUUUCUUCAAUCUAACAGAUUGCAUCACUUUAUUUAAUAUACCUAUGACACAAGUCACACAUUCUGCGAGUUUAACUUGAAAACCCCACCCAUACUUGUUUAACACUCAUGUGUGCCCUCCAUCUGUACUCUCUGGUACUAUAGAAAAGUUUAUUGAAUGUAUAUAAAUGCCUCAAAGACCACAAUACCCUCCUAACUAAUUUCUGUGGUAGUUAAUGCCUUAAUGCUAUAGUGCUUUAGCACCGCGGCCUUUCCUCCUGCGUACAGUGUUGCACAUUUAGUUUAGCUCCUGUAUCAGAGGCAUUUUUCUUAAGAAUCCAUCGUGUCUCAAAUGUAAGUUCCAUUUAAAUCAAGACUGUUGUGUUUUUUUCCCCCUUGUGACCCCCUCUUCAGCAAAGUAGCUGAAUGGAGUUGUAAGAGAGAGAGUUGUAGAUAGUUUACAUUGUAAAUGAAGAAGCUGCUGAGUUUUUUUUAAGUCAACCAAAGUGAAGGAAGUUUUCUAUUUUAAAUGAAGAUAGUUGAGUAAAAAGAUGAUGUCUAAUAACACUGUAUAUAAAUAAUGUAAAUAUUUUGUAAAACUUUCUUCAGUUUACUCUGGUGUUGCCUUUUUACAUUUGUAAAUUUGAAUCAAGAAAUGUUGUACAUAUGUGUGAGAUUGUUUUAUUUAUUUAUGGAAAUAUGCAAGAUCUUUCUUUUUUUUUUGUUGUCAUCUGGCUGUAAAUACUUUAAUACUAUAUCACCUACCAUUGUUUAAUGUUUGUUCCAACUAAGCCAGUCCAACCGUUACAUUGAGAAGCUGUUAUUUAACUUAUGUUCGACCAAGUUACGUUAAAUCAUUCCUGCAGCGUAGUGCUUCAUGUUACGGAGAAAUGUUAUGAAGCUGUCUUUCUUCCUUAUUUAAUGUUUGUUUAUCAAUGACAAGUCUUACAUAAUUUAUUUUGCUUCUGUUUUUAUGUUACUAUGACUUUUUUUUCACUUUGAGAUUAAGGCACACACUGUAUUGUGCAGAAUACAAUGUUUAAUGGUCUGCACAAAUGUAUGUAUGGACAGAAUUUUAAAUAAAAGAAAAAAACAUCUUUAAAA